AGAAAGCAUUCUGCUACCGGCGGACUCUUAGAGAGAACUCUCGAUAAUUCAACGUAAACAAAUAAAUCAAAUUCUUAAAUAGGAAGAUCAGAUACUCCGAAUGGCAGUGUAAGUAUCCCUAAAUAUGGCGACGAUGUAUUCCAACAUGUCAUACUCUUCCGCGGCACCAUUUUCCAACGUGACCUACUCCUCCAAUGGUACGCUGGCUUACAUAUGUAGUCCCGAGUUCCAGCAGCCCCAGCACGUCCUGUAUCAGCUGGCCAACAUCUGCUUCAUCGUCUCAUACCUGGCGCCCGGUGGGAAGAAGGGCCUGCUCUUCAUGCACUCCCUGCUCAUCGGGGGCUUCUUUUUGUUUGCUAUCUGGGCAUGGAAUAUUGUGUGUUCUCCCAACAUCUUCUCAUGGAAUUUCUUCUUCGUUCUUCUCAAUCUGGGUCAAGUGCUGCACAUCCUGUACUCCAUGAGGAAAGUAAAGCUGCCCUUGGAACUGGAAGAAGUAUACAGAACACUUUUCCAGCCACUUCAGGUGUCAAGACUAUCUUUCCAGAAAUUGGUAGGCCCUGAAUGUGCCCAGAUGAUGAACUUGCAUCCCGGGGAGGCGUAUGCCAUGCAGGGGCUUACCAGGACUGACAGAUUAGGUCUGCUCGUCAGAGGAAAGGCUAACGUGAUUUCAGGACAACAUUUCUUGCAUCAGAUUCAUGCCAAUGAGUUUCUCGAUUCUCCUGAAUUCGAGUCUAGCAGAUCUGGAGUUGAAGAGAAGUUUAAAGUCUCUAUUAUCGCAACGACUCCUUGCCGUGCCAUAGUCUGGCAGCGUCAGAGUCUUGAAUACCUCCUGAUUAAAGAGACUCACCUGUCCAAUGUUUUGGCUCUUCUGCUUUCCACUGACAUCACCCGGAAACUCUACGCCAUGAACGACAAGAUGGUGACUGAAAAAGGAUCUCACUUGGACAUCCGUCUUCCCAGCUUCACUGGAUCCAUUGCUUCCCAGGAGGAAGCCAAGAAAGUUACCGAGUCAGUGUUGGGAUGCCGAGAGCUGGUGCCUUUGGGAGCCCACGGGCACAUGCAGCCUUUUCUGACGGAUUGAAAAGGAACAGAUGUGAAGAAAGACAUUUGCAAUCUUGCGGGGAAGCGGAGUUGUCAUUUUCCCAAAGGAAAGAGCCCUGCAAAGUUUGCUUUCAUGCUGGAGUUACUUUGUCUAAAAUGAAAUGCUGUAAAACCCCAGUCUUUAUUUUUUUUGAGAGACCAAUAUCAAAAAGAAGAAGGGAAUUGGAAAAUCGAAGUUGACAAGAAACCAACUGCGCAGAAUGUGUUAUUACUUAUUUCUUGAAAUAUCAUAUUUAAUGUUUUUCUUUCUACUAUAAACAAAUAUUUAUUUGAAUUUUACUGCAUGCUUUAGGUAGUUAAUACAGAAAAUAAUCGAUCAUGUGAUGAUGUCUAAUACUGAUGUUGAAUCGAUGUAUUGAUUUUUAAUCAAUGUAUUGAUGUUGAAUUGAUAUACUGAUGUUGAAUUUGAUGUAUUGAUGUUGAAUUGAUGUUUAACGUUAAAUAUUUUUUACAUAUAUAUCAAGGCUUUAUAUAUAAAUAUAUAUAUACCAGGGUUUAUAAACAGAACACUGUCUAAAACAGCUGAAAUUUUCGAGAUCUCAAAUGUACGUAUUUAAUAAUAAUUCAUAAAAUGGUGCUAGCUUUAUUUUGCACUUAUUUUUCUUAUUCCAUUGGCAAAGCUUGAGAUUAAUUAGUGCUUACAACAUUUUUUAAAAGCUAUAUAAGAUUCCAUUUUCUAAAUAGACACGUGUCAACGAAAUUCUUAUAAAAUUUCAUUAUAAAAUCUGUGGAGGAAAGAAUUUCGCUCUCCUUUGUACUUGUAUCACGAUGUAAAUGGGUGUCAGUUUUUUAAUUGCUUCUUGUACAUCAAAUGUUGCCCGUAGUGAAAUAAAGCGAAGUUAAAAUUUUAAAAGACACUUCUUCUCGCCAACAUCUAUUAAAAUAUGUUUACAUUUUUAUACACACACACACA